CAAUAAUUAUUAAAAUUCUGGACUAGAUCUAUUAGGAAAGGUAGAUGGACUAUAAGGCACUUGCCCAAGAAACUGCUCAAGAAGUUUUAGAAUACAGUCAAGACACAUCAGGCUGGAAAGUGGUUAAGACUUCAAAAAAGAUAACUGUUUCCAGCAAGGCUUCUAAAAAAUUCCAUGGAAAUCUAUAUCGUGUUGAAGGAAUAAUUCCAGAAUCAAUAACUAAACUGUCUGAUUUCCUCUACAAACCUGAAAACAGAGUUGCAUGGGAUAAAUCAUUGAAAGUGUAUAAUAUGGUACACAAGAUUGAUUCGGACACAUUCAUAUGUCAUACCAUUACACAAAGUUUUGCCAUGGGCUCAAUUUCCCCCCCGAGACUUUAUCGACUUAGUGUACCUCAAGCACUACGAAGGGAAUAUGGAUAUUAUCAGUUUGUGGAUUUUCCAGCAUAUCCUGCAUCUUCAAAUUAUAUCCGUGGUCAUAACCAUGCUUGUGGCUGUAUAUGUUCUCCUCUGCAAGAGAACCCAGCACAUUCCAAACUAGUGAUGUUUAUCCAGACAGAAAUGAGAGGAAAAUUGUCCCCAUCAAUAAUUGAAGCAACCAUGCCUUCCAACUUAGUAAGCUUCGUCCUCAGUGCCAAGGAUGGAAUAAAGACACUCAGAGCUCCAGUAGGAUGUGGGUACCAAUCAUAGCAGUCACUCAUCAUUCCUAAAGAAGUGAGCCGUAGAAAAGCAUGUGUGGCAGUUACUGCAGUUUACUUCCAAGUCAGUAUGCAUAAACACUGUUAAACUAUUCUAGACCUUAUCCUUGUACAAAUUACUGAAGGCAUUCUGUGGAAAUAAGAACUCCUAGUUGUACAAGAGAACAGCAUUAAAUAUAGUUUUUAAUCAUAUAAGAAUGAUGUUAAUAACAAGUGUUCUUAAUGCACUUUUAUCUGUUGCUUUUUUUCCCCUGGAAAAUACUCUGCAAAAGGAUCAGUAAGAAAACAUACACAGUCAGAGGUCAGCACUAAUUAAAAAUUAAAAUAUAUUUUAAAUUGUUUUUUCUUUGCUUACUGCUUAAAUUGAUCAUU